CCUGACGGCUCAUAACACCAUCACUUCUUAUUAAUUUAUAUCUACAUAGGAAAAAUCUAAGAACAAAUCAUAUUAUUCAUACAAAUAAAUCGAUUGGCCACAGCGUAACUAUUUUUAGUGCGGCGCUAUUGACGGAUUAGAGUGAAAGCGAUACCCGAAAAUAAUCAUAAGAAAAUAUAAUGAGUCAAAAGAACUGCAAUAACAACCGUCGGUUGAAUCCUGCAAAAAUGUACGAGGCAUUACACAAGAAGCGUGCGGCCGAAUGCGAAGCCAGAGAGCAAUGGGCCGGCGUGACGCAGUACUUUAAAACGUGGGAGAACAACUCGAACAAGUUUACAAAUUGGACUUCGCCGCAGUACUACAAAAAAAGUUCCGAGCUACAAUUGGAAAUGCGGAGACGGGAGCAGCGAAAACUCGAGGAAGAACAAGAAGAAUUGCAAAAGUGGCGCAAGAAAUUGCGGGACAGACAACUCGAGGACGAGGAAUUUAAGAAAGGACAAAUGAAAAAAAAGCCCGUACCACUGUCGAGGCCGAAUUCAGCAGGACAAAAAACACCUUGCGAAGAAAUGGCAAUGGAACUAAAACGUAAACACGACGCUGUCACGGAUAGGGAGAUCGAGUUGAGACUUCACGUGCGAUCCAAAUCGUGCGAUCCUAAACAGGCUAAACAAUAUGUAAUGCGAGAGCGUGAGCGGUCGUCAGAGUCUUCGUGGGACGACCGGAUGAAGGAGAAAAAGUCGGCGGACCAAAAACGGCGAGAACGAUCGGAAAACGAACAACGAUUGAACGAAGAACGGUUUGCAGCUGAUAGAUUGGCCGAAGAGGAAAAACACCGGACACGAAAGGUUCGAGCGACUCAAUUGAAAGACGAACUUGUUGGUCGUGUGGCGGAAUUAAAAAAUCGUUCGGACCGAUGUGAUGAACUCAAGAGAUUGGAAUCUGCAUACUUGACAUUGCAAUGCCGGGUGGAAGACGUGGAACAUUGUAAUGAGCAGUUGGAUCGAAAAAAGAUUCAAAGCUUAUCCAGGGCCAAGGCACUCCGCCAGUACCUGACUACACUAAAACAAAGGUCUAAGGAGGUAGUUGAGUUUUUGCGAGAAGACCGUAAACUUUUAGAUGACUUGGUCUCAACUGUACGCAGCUCAAAUGCUGCGGCAUCCAUUGACCUGGGUGAUAUGGUAGAUGAGCUAAGAAAUCUGUACAACCAGUACGAGGAUGACGAGAGCCAGCGGCUAUACUUGAUGGACUUUAUGUUUGAAGAAGAAGCUCGAAACAUGUGGCGGUCACAAGAGGAACGGUGGCGUAAAGAACAUGCAUUACGCAAGACCGGAAUAGAAAACCUAUUUUCUGCGAUAAAAACUCAAUUGGAAGAGAACAUUGACAAAUGUUUGGAGGAACAACGUGUCUUGAUCAGUGAACGAGAAGAGUUAAUCAGUGUCAUUGAAAAAGGUAAUGACGAAUUGAAACGGCUGGAAGCAGAAUCGGCUGAGUUCUACGAACAGUAUCCAGACUACUGUAGCAGUGACGAUAAUAAUAAUGAUGGAAUACAAUCAUCGAAUUCUACGGACUAUAGACAAUUUGAAAAAAUUGCUUUAAAGGUAAUGGAUCGGGAACAAAAAUUGUUGACAGAUAUGGCUCGAAUGAAUUUGUUGGAUGAUCCCAAAUUAACAGAUCACAGAAGAAAGAAAUCAGUUUGGUAAAUUACUUUUGAUUACACAUUUAAAUUUUAUACGACUUGUAUAUCAACAAAUUUGUCUUAACUUUGUAUAAUUUUUACAUUUUCUCACUGACAACAUAAGAGCAAUUAGUUUUUAAAUAGUUCUCAAAGAAGAAUUAACAAUUUAUAGGUUUUUUUUUUUUUUUUUAAUUGAAUUAUUUUAUUGUUUCAUCACUGUCUAAUAGUUAAUGAUUUAAGAUUUUGGUAACAAAAGAUAAUAUUUUAAUUCUGUGCAAUAUGUUUUUAUUUUUUGAGCUUUAUUGUUAAACUUUUAUUAAUGU